UCAAAUACCAACAACAACCCAUUAAAAAUAAUAACCAAAAAAAUAGAAAUAAUAAUAUCAGUAAUCUCAACCUAUUCGAAAUAAAAUAAGAACAAGAAAUGACACAAAGGAAAUAAACGCAGGAAAAAAAAUUCGCUGAUCAACGAACGCAGUCGACAAGACAUACAAUGGCGUUCAAAUUUCCUCGCGUUUUGCUGCACUUUCGCUCGCCCAGUGCGCUAAUCCUCCCCAGGGGCAGCCGAGGGACCCAGAGUGGCGCUGGCUCAGGGGUCGGGAGCGGCGGGGGGAGCGGGGGCAGCAUCAGGGACGCAGGGGGGUCCUUCGGGAGGCGGGCCGUGGUGCAGGAGGAGGAGUAUUUCCGCAGGAAGCAAAGGGAACAGCUGAUCAAACUCCGGAAGAAGCUGGAGAGCGACCGGGAAGCGACGGCGGAGAGUCAACCAAAGGGCGAAGGACCAGAGGGCGCUGGAGAUUCAACCCAGAGUGCCACUGACGCGGACCUUCGUGCCGACGCUCUCAUCAAAGACCGGGUGUUCCUCCUUCACAAGCUUGAGGAAUACGAAAGCCUUGUGAAGCUUCACCAGCAGGAGAUCCGGAGAGUCUUCGAGAUGGCGGAGGAGAACGUGCAGAUCAUCAGCCACUAUCAGGAGGAGAUCGGCUUCCUGAAAUCGACGAUGGAGAUCCAGAGGCAGUUCCCCGAGUUGGACCUUGGUCGGGAGCCGCGCAUCGAAAUCAUAAAGCCUCGAAAUGGUAGCUCCGAGUCGUAACUCACCCCAGAAUUCUUUCGUGAUAAAGCCAUUCUAAUCACUCUUAACUCAGUCCUCCUCAUCAUUAUUAUUAUUUUCGUUAUUUUGAACUCUAUGAUUGUUACUUGGAAAGGAUCUCUCCCAUCAUACAUUUUAAGCUGCCCCUUGUAUUUCCCUUGCACUUACUGUUGAAACCGGUGAAGCCCUUGGCCAGCUCUUCGUCGUCAAGGGGCCCCACGAUGGCUCCGAUCACGAAGUCGACAAUGGCGACCAGCAGCACCACUAGAAGCACCAGUUGGGCCUGUAAAAAAAUAACAUUUUAUUUUUUAUUAUUAUUUUUUUAUUAUUAUUAUUAUUAUUGUGUCAUUUAUCAUUCGCUCAAAUGUAUGAUCCAUGUUUUACCAUUUACUUGUCAAAUGUUUCAUCUGCCCCACUUAGGUCUGAUGAGAAUCUGACUUCUUAUUUAUUAUUACCGCCCAAGUAAAUUUGCGUGGCGUGUACUCUGCACCACGAAAGCGAGGGCGGAACACUUAUAUUUAUCCGAAGCUGACAACUGUAAAAGGUCGUCUUCCCAGAAUAUCUAAUCCAGUAAGUUCCAGUUUCUCUGAUUUUUUGUGCGCGAAGCUGGCCGCACCAUUCCAGUUUGCUUGCAUCGUUCUGUGCUUGCAGUUUACUAUACAUUAUGCUAACUGAACCGGUCUUUCAAGAGGGAUUGCAAACUUUUACGGAAAGCAAAAGCAAAAUGUAUGUUGUGAAUCUUAUUAAUGGAAAUACAAUACU